UUUCAGACUUGUUAAAGUCUUGGUCACUUUUGGUUUUUUCUCUAUAUACACACACAAAUAGCACCUAGUAAAUUUACAAACACACACACACACACUAAAAAACACACCCAUAUAGUAUUGUAGUGAUAGUAUAGUACAAAAGGGAAAGAAGGGUAACGAAAUUUACCUUUUGUCAGAUACUGAGGGGUGGGGAAAUUUUUUAGCCAUAGAUUCCUAAUCUUAUUACUUUGAUUUUUGGUAUAGAGAGAUUUAUUCUUAUUUAUCUAUAAAUAGGAGUAACUGAUCAUACUUUUUUUCUUCCUUUUUUUGGCUGGCUUUUAAUUUAUUUCUGGGGUUGAAGAACUGAAGGAAGAAAAGAGGCUAUUUGUGUAAAGGAAGGGGAGAUUGAUUUUAUGUCGGCAAGAUUUUCAGUGAUUUUUGUUCUGUGUAUGCAACAAAUCCUCUGCUGUUUUCCUCAGCAGAAGAUUUCUCUGUUUUCUACAAAUAUUUCGAUGCGUUUGAGGCCCAAAAGGACUUGUUCUGGUGUUGUGUGUUUUGGUGGAUUUCAUAUAAACCGAUUUUUACAUCCUAUUUUGCUCUUGAGACAACCUCUUACUUGAUACCCCAGAAAAUUUUCCUGUUUAUUUUUGCAGUUUUGACCAUUUAAUCUCUUCAUUUUUGUUUUUUUUCCUGAUAAAACCAAAACCAAUUUUCUGGGCGUAUUUUGAGGGGUUUUGAAAAUGUUUGAGCCUCAGAAACAAACUCAAAAAUCGAAGAACAGAGUCGAACCGGGUCAACCCAUGAGAAAAAUUCGGAUCGUUUGUAACGAUCCGGAUGCGACUGAUUCAUCAGAUGAUGAACGGGUCAAUGAUAUCAAGCCUAAGCUCAAGCGUUUUGUUAGGGAAAUUAAUUUACCUAUUGGUAACAUUAGUUCCAAAAAAGUCAAAGUCAAAAUUCCUGUUGAAACUACUGAAAGUUCUUGCCAAGAUAGCAAUAAUGGUGAAAAAAACCCGAAAAAGAAAAGGGUUUUAGCUAAAACCCUGAGCUCGAAUCAACAGAGGUUAAGUCCAGGGAAAUACAGAGGUGUACGUCAAAGGAAAUGGGGAAAAUGGGCUGCUGAAAUUCGUGACCCGUUUAAAGGUAGACGGGUUUGGCUUGGUACUUAUAAUACUGCUGAAGAAGCUUCUUUAGCUUAUGAAACGAAACGCCUCGAAUUUGACUCAAUGGCUAAGAACAAUAAUAACUCUAGUAGCAAUGUGUCUGAAAAGAGUUCAAACAAUGAGGAGAAUUCAGCUGAGAGUUUGGUGUCUCACACUUCACAUACUUCCCCGGCAUCAGUACUCGAAAUGGACUCGUUGACUUCCAACUCUGAAGUCAAUGACAUCAAACACGACGAAAAGGCGAAGGUUGAGCUGGGGUUGAUGGAGGAUAGUUUAUCAUUGGCUGAGAUUGGUGCAGGAAUUGAGUUUGAUAUGGAGAUGGACUUGUUCUUCGCUGGUAGUGAUGAUUUUGGUCAGAAUCUUGAUGAUUUUGUGGUUAAUGAUUUCGAGGAUUUGCCGAUAUAUGGACUUGAAGGUGAUGAGCAAUUGCCUACUGGUUUGCCUGAUUUCGAUUUCGACUUUGAUUUUGAUGGAUACAAUGAAUCUUGUGCUUGGAUGGAUGAAGCAACUGCAGCUCCUUUGAUGAAUGGAACAACAACACCCCUCAAUAUUGCAUUAUGCCCAUAAUUUUGCAGCUAAUAGGAGUUUUUAUAUUCAUAUAUUAGUAUUAAGUAUUAGGUAAUCCAUAUUAGUAGAGUUUUUAUGUCUUAAGAAUCGUUAAGUUUGGUUCUUGAGACCGUGGUUUUAUCGCUUUCGAGUGAGUUGAGUAAUGUUUACAUUCUGUUUAAGAGAGAUUUUGAGUCUUGAGUUAUCUGCAUUUUGUGUUAGAAGGAAAUUGAGAUGGUUGUUCCUUUGGGUUUUUCCCUUGCUACUAGAGCAGUCCAAAGGUUUAUUUAAUCUCAGUGUUGGUUUAGUCUCAGACUGUUUAUCUCUUGUCUCUCUUGUUUUGAAUUAGGAUGAUAUUAGUAAUGAGAUAUGGAUAUGAACUUUAUGA